GCAUGGGAACAAAGUUCGUUGAGCGAACUACGACAAACUCACUUGGAUUGAAGAGUGUUGAUUGUAGUGGAUUCAUCAGAUUUGGUGUUAAUGGUCAACGAAAAUCUUCAAAGGAGACGUUGACAGAAGACAAAGAGGAGGAGGAGGAAGAAGGCGUUUUUGUUAUCAGGUCAAUGGAUAGGUUUCUUGAAAAGCAAAAUGCUGAAUCCAUCAGACAUACAAUGCAAGCCCAAGAAGAUAUAUUUAAGCAACAGGUACGAGAGCUACACAAAGUAUAUAAUAUACAGAAAAUGAUGAUGAACCAACUCAAACAUAGAAGCCAAUACUGUACUAUUAACAACCAAGACCAAUCCGGUUCAAGGGAGACAACCGGAAGCUGUUCAGGCAUAGACCUCGAAAACGUGGUUAGAGCCAACAAAACGAUGACGGAUCAUAUCGAAGAGAGUGAAUUAGAGUUGACAUUGAGCAUUGGA